AUGACAUUUAUUAUAUUUAUUUCGCGCCAUAAUUUUUCGUGAUGAGUGUUGUGUUCUACAUAAUAACAUAAAUAUAAAUAAAAAAUAAUAAUUUUAUGCCUAUUUAAGCAGUUUUUUUAUUAACAAAUAUUUUAUUUACAAAUAACAAUUAUAUUUUUACAAUAUGGAAGUGGAGCAAGCAAAUACAAGUGACCAAAAUAUCAGUAUGGAAGAAUUAAAAAUGGAGGAAGAUGAAAAUGUUAAAGAAAUUUCCAUGGAAGAGGAUAUUUUGGGUGCACAGAGUUUGUUAAUGUCCGAAUCAGAAGAGGAAGAUAAAGAGGAUAGUAUUAACAAAAAAAAUAAAAGUCCACAAAAGAAAGUGUUGGUCAAGAAGACAAAACGCAUCUUAGACAGUGAUGAUGAAGAUAGUGUGAACAACAAAGCAACAGAGCCUAAUGGUGAACAGACAGAAAAAUCAGUAACUAACAAAAAGAAGAUAUCUACCUUAAUUGAUUCUGAUAGCGAACAUGAAGGGGAAGAAUCUAAGGAAAACAAAGAAACCAAUAAAGUGUCUAGCAUAAUAGACUCUGGGGAGGAAACUGAUGCCAGUGCUAAAUUAAACAGUAAGAAAAUAAAACAGGAUCAAAAGAAAAAAUCCAAAGAGGGUAAAAAAUCGAAACAAAAAACUAAACAUUCUGCUGAGGAAGACCAUACAGAUACAGAGAACUCUGAUGCACAAGCUAAAUCCAAGAAAUUAAAGAAAAACAGCAAAAAGACGAAAGUGCAUAGUAAUUCUGAAACGGAAGAAGAAACAAAAAAGGAAUCCAAAAAAAUUUCCUCUCUGGUAGAUAGCGAAUCCUCCGAUGCUGAAUCUCAAACAGAUGUUAAUGAAUCCGAUUUGGAAGCUUCAGCUAAAGGAGCAAAUUUUGAGGAAAACAAUAAUAAUGAAGAAAAUUCAAAGGGAAAAGAGAAAAAACCCAAAGUUAUGAGAGCCUCUGCCAAGAAAGCUUUGGAUGAAAUGCAAGCCAUACAAAGUGAACAGCAAAGAUUACAUCGAGAGGCUAAUAUAAGUAUUCCUUACCACAAACCCAAAAAGCAUACCUUAGAUGAAUUUCUUAAAAGACGUACUAUUAUACAACCGCAAACAUCUAGUCCUGUUGCAAACGCUGUACAAUCGAGAAGACUUAAGAUGACAACCGAGGAAUUAGAGGAAUAUGCUAAACUAAUGGAAGAACGCGCCAAGGAAGCGACUGAAUUUUUUAAAUCCGAAUCUGAAAGUGAAGAGGAAGAAGUUUUUAAAGACAACGACGGUGUGCUAGACAAAGCAGCACCAGCAGAAAUCAUACAACAGAAUCACGAUCACGUCACUAAAGAAACAUUAACUGUGACAAAUGAAUUUGAAAUGCAACAGAAUGUUGAAACAGAAGAGUUUAAAGACAAUCUAGAUGGUGUACAGCUAACGGAAGAGGAAUUGGCAGAACUUUUGGCGGAACAGGAACAAGAACAAGCUGAACAAGAACCCGAAAGACCUACCAGUUCGAAAGUUCUAAUAACUGAAGUAAUUGAAUUGCCAAAACUGGAUAUGAAUACGAUACGCAUAAGUCCCGUUAAGAAACAUACACCCCGACCCUCUUUGAACAUAAAACAAUUGUUGGCUGAAAAAAAUCUAUCCGGCAGUCCCUCACUUAGUGGUGAUCCUAAUAAAUUAAUCGAUUUAGAAACGGGAAAUUUAAUCGAAAAGAAAUCUACAGGCAUUGAAAAUCUUAUGAAACGUUUAAUGUCCACAGUUAAAGCACGUAAAUCAAAAACCACCGAGGCUUGUAAUAUACUAUCGGUGGAAAAUGGCAAACUGGAAAUAUCAAAAGUUAAUAUAAGUCUAACGGAAACAAAAGAUGUACAAAAGGAACCCAAACCAGGAGCUGCAUAUUUCGAGUUGAAAAAGAAUCUAAAGGAGAUAAUCAAAAAGAAACGUUUAGAAGAAUUGAAUAAAAAGCAAGAGGAUGAAUUGGAAUAUAGUAAGUGUUUGGCAGAUGAUGAUCAUGAUGAAGACGAGGAAAAUAAUGAAAAUGAUGAUAUGGAAGUGGAAGAAUAUGAACCGGAGAAUAAGCCAAAAACUAAAGUUGUUAUGGUUGAUGACGAGGAGAAUGCUUUAGUUGUAGAGGAUGAUGAAAACGAAGACGAGGAAGAAGAUAAUGUAGUGGAGAUUAACAGCGAUGAAGAAGAGGCAGAAAAUGAAGAUGACAAUAAAAACGACGACGAGGAGGACGAGGUGGAUGAUGAUGAAGACGACAAUGAAGACCUGAAUACUGAACCGGUAGAAAAAUCACAACGCAAAAAUCGUAUCAUCAAAGCAUUUGAUGAUUCUGAUGAAGAAGGUGCUAAUGAUGAUAUAGAUUUUCUUAAAACACAACCAACAACUACACAACCGCCUCUCUUCGAUACCCAAGGUUCUGCAAAAACCUCACUGGCAGAUGAAGAAAAUGAAUUGAUGGCUUUGUGUUCCGGCACAUUUGAUGCCACACAAAAAACUUCAAUUAACAACGCCCUAAUGUCACAAAUACCACUAACACAAAAUAGUGGCAAGCCAGUCAAUGAUGAAGAGUUAAUGGAAUUGUGUUCGGGAACAUUCGAUCAACCUACACAGACGCAGCAGCUAACACAACACAAUUUGAUCACAGAGAAUCCUAAGACAAUGUGCAAUAAAAUUUUAUCCAGUGAUGAAGAAAACGAUGAAGAUAACUUCGAUAAGAGUGAAGAAAAUAAGCAAAGAGUUAAGAAAUUAACUAAAAAACUUAGCAAAAAGAAAGCAAAACUAGGAUUUUCUGAUGAUGAAGAGGAAGAAGAGGAGGAAGAAAAGGAUGAUGAAGAGGCAGAUAUGGAAGAACAGGAAUUAGACGAUGAAGUCGAGGAAGUUGAUGCAGAAGAACCAGAAACCUUUGUGGACUAUGAUUCAGAAGAAAAUGAAGUUAUAGUACAAAUGACUAAAAAGGACAAAGUAAAACAGGCUCAAAACUUUUUCGAAAAAGAAGCUGAACUUUCCGAAUCCGAAUGGGGCAGUGCCGAUGAAGAUGAAAAGAAUUUAGACAAAUAUGACAUUGAAUUGGGUGAUGAAGAUGAAUUUGACAAAGAAAAAUUACAAACAGAAUUGGGACAAAUUCAUGCGCGUAAAAUGUUAGACGAGGACCUACGCGAAGUACGUAAAAUCCAAGAUAUGCUUUUCGAAGACGAAGAAAAAGAUGGGGUGGGAAGACAAAGAACCUUUAAAUGGAAAAAUGCCGAAAGUGGUUUUAGCCUAGAUGAUGGGCGUCCCUUAGACGAAAAUGCUGAUGGACAAAAUGGUGAUAGCGGUGAUGAGAUCAGUGAACAUCAGUGGCGUAAAAUUCGCUAUGAACGUGAACAAUUUCUUAAAGAACAGGGCCUUAAACCGGACUCUCAAGAUAUGUCGACCGUAUUGCCCAAUACCACUAUACCGUCACUAAACAACAGCACAACAACGAGCAUAAUAUCGACGAAAAAGUUACAAAUAAUAACCGCCAAAAAGACUUCAGUAUCCCACACCUCAGACUCUAAGAAAGCUUCACCUUUCCUCAUAUCCAAAGGUAUUUCGUCCAUGAAUAAGAAAAGUGUACGUGGAUCAUUUUUGGUGCGCGACAAAGAAACCCUUAAUAAAUUAGCUGGCCUUACAAAAGGUGGAUCUUCCGUUGUUGCCACUGAUAUGGAUGAUACAGCUGGAACUGUUUCCAUUAAAAGUAUUAAGCCAAAAAAUUUUGUCUUUGCUACUCUCACAGAGGAGGAACAUGAAAAUCUUAAACGUAAAGCCGAUGAUUUGUUGAAUAGUAGUAAUGAAAAUGGUAAAAACUUUAUGAAGAAACCAAGAAUUGAACCGCGUCGCGAUAAAUGUUUUAUAGAUCAAUUAUUGUAAAGCAUUACUAGAAAUUGUAGAAUAUCGCGGGUGCUUGAUCAAAUUUUAAUUAUUUGAUUUCUUAGUUAGUUAUAGGUUUAAUUUGUAAGAAUGUAUAUGUAUGAGUUUAUAACUAAAAAAAUUAAAGCGAUUAAAAACAUCGUAAAUUAUA